UUGGACGCAGUAGACAUUCUGCAAGGAACAAGCGACGAGCUGUUAAAAGCUUGCAACAUAAAAGCAGGUCAGAUUGUCCGGAUCAGAAAGUCAAUAAGUGGGUUCGCAUCAGUAACACCUCCCGAAACAGAUUUGAAACCGGCGGAACCUUCGAAUAGUGAUGGCAACGUCUUCCUCCAUGUGGUAAGUGACUUCUCGGAGAUGCAACAGGUGAGCUUCAAUGCUGAAAUCGUACCGGAGGUAACCGAAAUCACGAUAUCGUCCAACGGCAACGAUGAAUCCGCAAAGUUGCAAUCAAAUGAUAUUUCGCCUCCUGUUGCUUUCACAACCGAAGUUGUGACACCAAAUGAGAAGUGGCUUUCUUCAUUUGAAUUACCAAUAAAGGCACCGUAUAUAAAUAAUUUAUCCAAAUCAGUUUUUCCACAGAAAUCGGCAGGAGCUAUACAGUAG